AUGAAAACACGUAAAGUACAGAGAACUCAUUUGGGCCAUCGAAGGUUUUGAGUUGACGCAGGAUUUGGUCAUUAUUUUGAAGCUGAAUGUGUAUUCCAAAGCGUUAUUUGGAAAUAGGAAAUCGAAUAGCUGUGAUUUAGAAUCGUCGUUUUAUCCGAACUUCUUCUUGUUUUCACCAGUAUUCCGACAGAGAUUCAAUGCUGUUUUUAACAGAGAUAAUCCACAAAAUCUCGUUACUUAGAAUUAAAAAGUUUCAAGUUGAUAACGAAACAGAAAAGCGAAUUCAUAUUCGAGUGAUUUCAGAAAAUCAAAAAAAGGUCGAAACAGAAACGAGAUGUACGCUUUUCUCAAUCAAGUGAGAGGGACAAGUCAUGUUUGCAAUCAUUAUGGUUCAAAUAAUGUAUUGUUUAUUUUACGACAAUCGGUAGUCGAAAUCCAAACUUUUAGGCAAUCUUCGCAUUUUUGUGGGUCCAAUGGCCGAAAAUUUCCGAGAAUUAAUAACAAACUUUCCAGCAGUAUAACUGACACUAUGUUAGUUCUAAAAACACAUUUCCAUGUUAAUUGAUAGUGAAAAAAAGAGGAGAAAGAAUGAAGUCGGAAUAAAAGGUUACGGUAGGCUUUAAUCGUGCAGUGUCCCUCACGCUGAAAGGAACUCUUUCCCCUCAUUUAACGCGUGUUCCGGCUCUCUUUCUUUUCACUUUUUUUGUUUUUUUUUUCUUUUUUUGCAUGGAUUUGAGUCAGAAAAGCUUCCGGCAUUACGUUUUACUCAGAAAAUAAUGUGAUUGCCAUGAAAUUGUUUCUUUUCUCCAUCAAAAAGUGCCGCAAAUAGGAAUUUCAUCCUGAUUUCGAUACGAAUGCUGUUUUAAAUGUUUAUUGAAGUUUUAUAAAUGUUUAGUGAUGCAAAAAAUCACAAUCACGGUUGUUUCAGGUAUCUGAGCCGGCCGCAAAUAUGUUGUUCAAACUUCGCGCACGACAAGAAGCCGCCGCUCGAGUCGCUGCCCAGGAAGAAGGAGCUUCGAGGCCCCAAUCCAGUCAUAACAGAAGCACGCUGGACGUUUUUUUACAUCAAGUAAGUUGCAAAAGUCAUAUUUACAAUCAUUAUGGUUCAAAAAAGUAUUGAUCAGUUUUUUCAACCCGCCUUAGACGCAUUUUCCAAGAAAAAUAGCCUUCUAGCGUGAUUUGAAUAUUAGCGUAUACGCGGUGAUAAAGUAAAAUGGGAAAAUUUGUGACUCUCUGAUCGAAAUCUCUAAAAAAAAGCUCACUAGACAAAAAAAGCGGAAAGUUUUGCUUACAUCCGUUGUUAAUAGUCAUUUUUUAAUAAAGUCUCAAAAAAAACCCCUUCGACAAGUAAAAAUACAGUUUUGAGUAAAGUUUUCAGUGGCUAAUAACAGAUUUCUGUAAUUCUCCUUCUAUUUUGAGUUUUAUUAUACAUAGUUAUCGUUCAACUAAGUUUCAUCAGUUAAUAAUUACUAAAGUUCCUUAAAAACUUCGAUCAAUACUUUUUACCCGACUUCAGACGAGUUUUUCAUCAUCAGUAGAUAAUAACCUUUCUUAUUGUUAAUAUAAUCGUAAUUCUGACGUUAAUAUGUAAUUCUUAUAGUAAAUUAAAUCAGAACUGAUCGGCAAUCAGUAGCCGGAUGCCGAAUUUUUUGCAUUUUUCCCUUUUUUUUCGGGUUUUCAAUGACCGAAAAUUUCCAAAAUCAGUUCCACACUCUCCGGUCAUAUCAUUGACACUACGUCAGUUCUAAGAACGCACCUUUACAUGUUGAAUGAAAGUCAAAAGUAAGUAAGAAAGAAAGAAGUCGGAAUAAAAGGUUACGGUAGGCUUUAGUCGUGCAGCGUCCCUCACGCUAAAAGGAACCUUCUCCCCUCAUUUAACGCGUGUUCCGGCUCUCUUUCUUUUCACUUUUUUUGUUUUUGUUUUUUUUGCAUGGUUUUGAGUCAGAAAGGCUUCUGGCAUUACGUUUUUUUACUCAAAAAAAUUAUGUUAUUGCCAUGAAAUUGUUUCUUUUUCCACCGAAAAGAGCCGAAAAUAGUUUUUUAUCCUACGUUUGAUUCGAAUGCUGUUUUGAAAUGUUUAUUGAAAGUUUUAUAAAUGUUUCAAUAAUGCAAAAUUAUACAACUGCGGCCAUUUUAGGUUUCUGAGCCGUCCCGCACCACCAGCAAUGUUGUUCGGAAUUUGCGCACGACAAGAAGCUGCCCAGGAAGAAGGAGCUUCGAGGCCCCAAUCCAGUCAUAACAGAAGCACGCUGGACGUUUUUUUACAUCAAGUAAGUUGCAAAAGUCAUAUUUACAAUCAUUAUGGUUCAAAAAAGUAUUGAUCAGUUUUUUCAACCCGCCUUAGACGCAUUUUCCAAGGGAAAUAGCCUUUUAGCGUGAUUUGAACAUUAGCGUAUACGCGGUGAUAAAGUAAAAGUGGAAAUAUUGUAUCCCUCUGGUUGAAAUCCCGAGAAAAAUUUUGCUCGACAGUUAUAAAAAGCUGAGAGUGUUGCUGACAUUCGUUGUUAACAGCCAUUUUUGAACAAAGUCUCAAAACAAAAACCUCUGACAAAAAUAAAUAACGUAUACUUCCAUUCGUUAACAACCGAUUUCUGUGAUCCUCCUUACAUUUUUUGUUUUAUGGUCGAUAGUUAAUAACUUUACUUGCUGUAGAUGUGCUCGUAAUUUUGACGAUGAUGUGUUAUUCUUUCAGGAAUUCAAAUCAGAGAAAAUAAGCAAUCGGUAGCCGGAUGCCAAAUUUUCCGCAUUUUUCCCUUUAUUUCCGGGUUUCCCAUGGCCGAAAAUUUCCAAAAUCAUUUCCACACACUCCGCUCAUAUCACUGACACUACGUUAGUUCUGAAAACGCACCUUUACAUGUUGAAUGAAAGUCAAAAGUAAGUUAGAAAGAAAGAAGUCGGAAUAAAGGGUUACGGUAGGUUUUAGUCGUGCAGUGUCCCUCACGCUAAAAGGAACCUUCUCCCUCAUUUAACGCGUGUUCCGGCUCUCUUUCUUUUCACUUUUUGUUUUUGUUUUUGCUUGCAUUUGUAUUAGAAAUGCUUCUGACAUUACGUUUUACUUGGAAGAUAAUGUAAUUGCCACGAAAUUGUUUCUUUUUUCCACCGAAAAGUGCCGAAAGUAGGAAUUUAUCAUGCCUUCGACUCGAAUACCUUUUUAAAUGAUUAAUGAAAUUUCAUAAAUGUUUAGUAAUGCAAAAUAUCCCAAUCACGAUUAUUUCAGGUAUCUGAGCCGACUUCUACGCCUGAUUCCGUCUACGCCCAACACCAACUACACUUUGCCGCGUCUCCAGAGGACGACUUCAACGACCGAAUUGUGCCGGAUACUAUUUGAAUGUUUCGACAAGAAGAAUUACAUGUGAUUUUGCUUUAUUUUUCUCUAUUUAUAAAAACACGCUUGAAAAAAAUAAACGGAAGUCCAAAAUCAGAUUUUUUCAGGACUGGUGAAUCUUCCCGACGCCUAAACCUUCCCGAUCUACCUACUUCUUGUCGCAAAACUCAUAAUAAAUAAAUAUUUGAUGAGAGCCUGUUUUCUAACAACAAAAACCUGGAUGCAAAUGUAAAUCAACAAGUCUACGACCGCUGGACAGUUGUUGGACAAGUCUUCAAACAGUUCGAUCCCAGAAAAUGUCGCGACAGGAACUGAUUAUUGUGUAAGUGAAACAAUUAUAGUAUUUGUUUUAUUUUUUGUGGUGCCAAUUGUACCUCCCUCUGUGAUUGGCCAAAUGAAGUAAGUGGAAAAUAACUGGAAACUUGAAAGAAAGUCUGAUGAAAAAAAGAAAAAUCAUAAUUUCACAUUACGAGUCGGAUAAUUUCGGUUUCUUGUCGAAGGAAAACAUGAAUUCACCGAUCCAAACAUUGUUCAUUGUAGAACCAAAGUCUUCCAUGGAUUUUUUCAAUAUUUAAAAUUAUUUUUUUCUUGAGGAACCCCUUGAAACUUUUAUUAACUGUCAUUCCAAACAGAAAGAGUGUGUGACUGUCAAUAACAAAAAAGAUUCUUUCAUUUUUUCAUUGUGAGGGGAGAAUUUUCUUUAUUCAAACUCAAUAUUCUUUUUUUUGCACCGAAUUCCGCAGAGGUAAUAAAUCACCGAGAAUAAAAAUGUUUCAUGGUUCGAAAUAGACAAAAACUGUACAGAACACUUUGAUCAUCUUACCGAAAGUUGGGAAAUAAAUUGACCAGAAAAAAUCGCAAUAAUUUCUUUAAGAACUGGGCGAAAUAGCCGUAAAUAAUUUUUGGAGACACGCCAAAAACCAUUGGAAGUUUUGUUCUAACGUAAAAUAGAAUCGAAAUGUAAAGUAUGAACUACGAAAUAUUGAACAAUAUUGAUUUCAAAGUUUUAUUGUCACUUUCCCGUGAAAACCUAAGACUGGAGAAUAGAAAAAAUCUCAUAAAGCUAAAUAAUUUUCUUUAAAUGGGCGACAAAGUUCGACUCGUCAUGUGUAAUUAACACGGACUUAGAAUAAAACAUAUGAAACUAUUUGAACACGUGAGUCGCCUAGGAAUUUGCUUCAAAGUAUUUUUUAUUCUUUGAUACUUCGUCAUCUAUAUUAAAGAUUAAAUAAAAAUAAAUGUUCAACUGAAUUUUUAUUUCAGGGUUUGUAUCAUCGACAAGAUGUUCAACUUGUGCAAAAUCCAGCAUUUGAAGUCACUUUGGUCCCAUUCACUUGUUUUACAAUCAGGAAAAUCAGGUAUUUGUUUUGUUUCUUCUUUUUCACAUGACUUUUCAAAUACAUAUUGUCAUUUUUUGAAAAGAAGUAACGUGGGAAUUCAGUUUUUUCGUUUGCAAAGUACAAAAAUGAACGAAAAGCUCUCUAAAUUUCUUUCCAUCUGUCUCUGUUUCUUUUUAAUUCUCAUCAAAUUCGUGAAUAAUCAUUAUUAUUUCAGAUUCACCUCAAAAAACACUCCGACAACAGCUUUUGGCGCCUUUACAGCCUAAGAAAACCCGGUACUUUUCGAGUUUUGCCGACGUUUCCAAUAUACAAACAAGACUAUUCCACAGAAAUUUGGCAGUAUUUGGGAUUUUUCUCGAAAGACUUUAACUGAUCAACUUGCAGGAUCCGAUCGCCCUCGCGGGCUUCCGAACAACGAAAGGUCGGAUGGAAGUCGUCUUCCACGCACGACUACAACGACCAAUCGAACGUGGGCGGUGUCGUGAGUUUGCAUUGUUAGGGGAAGUAGGUGAGGAUAAGGGGAAGGUCUGA